AUGGGCUCGCGAGAAGAAAUCCGACUUCGACGCUUAGGGGUGGAAGCAACAGUCCCCCAUGCAUCACCUGGAGCCUUACCAAAUAGUGGCCGUGGCAGAUACCCGGACCGUUGUCAAGAUCGUGCUGCUGCUGCGACGUGGAAGCACCUCUUUGUCUUCACAAAGAGCCGCCAAGCUGGCUUCCUCAGCCUCGCCAUCGUUGCGUCCCUGCUUGUUGCUGCGGUCAAGACGGUUUUCGCUAUCCUUCUUGGUAGAAUCAUGGACAUUGUCAGCCCUCUUGGCGCUGGUAGAAUCAACGGCAGCACAGCCAUGGGCGGAGUGACGAUCUGGUGUGUUGUGCUGACGGGGAUUGGUGUGGCAUCUUGGGCUUUCAACUCGGCCCUCAUGGCUCUGUGGAUUAUUUUUGGCGAGCUGGUCGCCAAGACUGCAAGACACGACGUGUUUGAGCAUUUGUUGGACAAGGAGAUGGCUUGGUUCGAUGCCCACGACGAGGGGCUGAGCAGUGCUCUUUCAGGCAUGCAGAUUCAGAUACGAGAGCUCCAGAUGGCUACCUCACAGGUUUUGGGCUUUCUCAUCACCGACGUUUUUGUUGCUGUUGGCUGCCUCAUCGUCGCGUUCUACAAUAGCUGGCAGCUGACACUUGUCCUGAUGGCCACAAUCCCAGUGUCCAUCGUUGUCCUGCACCUCAUCAGCCGCGGCCUCGAGGCAGCCAUCGAAUUGCAAAAGCGAGAGCUUGCUAAAGCAUCCAAGGUCGUCAUUGCUGCUGUCACAGCUAUUGAUCUGGUCAAGAUCUACAAUGGGUUUGACCAUGAAGUUUGGCAAUACUUGCAGACGGCCCGGGGCUCCAUGCGGUACUACCUUCAACAGGCUCUCCGGAACGCUAUGCAGAUGGGUUUCUUGAAGUUGUGGAUGGUCAAUCUCUUUGUCGUCGGGUUCUGGUUUGCGGGAUACCUGGUGAGCAAAGGCUCCACAACACCCGGCACAGCCCUCACGACCUUCUACUCCAUUUUGACGGCGUUCCAGUCUAUUGAGAGUGUAGGGCCGCAGUGGCUUGUUUUGGCCAGGGGAAUGUUGGCUGGGCAGCAACUUCAGAAGAUAGUGCUGGCUAAGACAGAAAGCACAAAUAUGUGUGGGACGAAGAGCAGUCACCGGCCACAAAGUUGUGCCGGCGAAAUCGAGCUCUUGGAUGUGAGCUUUGCGUAUCCUUCCAACCCCGAGAAAAUCGUCCUCUGUCGCUCUUCAUUCUUCUUUCAAUCAGGUCGCCUCACUUUCUUGGUCGGAAAGAGCGGAUCCGGCAAGAGCACGAUCACCAACCUGCUUCUCAAGUUUUACGAGCCACUCACUGGAAGCAUCCUCAUCGACGGGCAGCCCAUUCAAACCCUGGAUGACAAAUGGCUCCGAGAAAACGUUACCUUGAUCCAGCAGUCGAGCACCUUGUUUAAUGACACGUUCUUCAUGAACAUCGCCUUUGGAUCCCGCAAUCCCUGCAGGGCCACCAGGGAAGAGGUCAGGUCUGCAUGUGAGACAGUGCUGCUCCAAUCAACAGUCAUGAGUAUGCCUGACGGACUAGAUACCGACGUCGGAGUUGGAGGCCACAACCUCAGCGGAGGGCAGAAACAGCGACUCGCCCUUGCGCGAGCCCGGUUGAGAGAUCCGCCUGUGUUGAUCCUCGAUGAAGUCACCAGUGGCCUUGACCCCACCAGCAGAGUUCUCAUUCUUGAGGCGAUCAGAUCAUGGCGAGCCGGAAAGACAACAAUCAUCAUCACCCACGAUGUGACUCAGAUACUCGACGAAGAUUACGUUUACGUCCUGGACCAAAGUCUUCUAGUGCAAGAGGGCUUUCGAAGGGACCUUAUCAAAAACAAAGACGGCAUCUUCGCUUCAAUACUGCUGCCGACUGAAGAAGAGGCGUGUUGGAACUCGUCGGCAACGCUGGACGCGGCUAGCAUUACUACUGACGCUCCCUCAUCAUCAGAGUCACUCGGCAAGUCGCCACCCGUAGAACCGUCCCGUCUCUCUAAGGUUUUCCUUCAUCCCCAGGCCCCAAGCUCAAGCGCAAAUCGUGGGCUAUUUAGACUGUCACUAGGGGCCAACGUGGAGCGGUCUAUAUCCAUGCGAGCCAGAGAAUUUUGGGAUGCUCCCGUCAAACACGCAGAGUCGUGGCAUGGCAGAGCAUCGUAUCCCUACGCUAGUCCCGAAUCGCCCAGCCGUUUUUUCGCCCUCAACGAGCCCAGAAGACAGAAUGAGGACAGAAGGCACAACCCGCGCAGGAUGAGGAAGUCGAGCCUCGAUAUGGUGCAAGAGACCGGGGAGAUGACUAGGUCUCGUCGGCCCCUUGUCAAGUCACCACGAAUUGCUCGGAUUGAUGGAUGGCAGUCGAGCGAGGGACCAAGAUUACCAGCGGGUGGCAUGAUGAAUCUUCGCGAGGAAACAGAGAGAGCGCGCAGCUAUCAUGGACAGCACACAGAAAAGCCUGUCGCUGUUGGUGUAAGCCGGCAUCUCUCUCUCCUCAAGAUCCUCGCAACAGUCUGGCCUAUGCUCGAUAAACCAAAUCGAAUUCGCAUGGUACUCGGCAUUGCUUGCUGCGUUAUCGCCGCAAUCUGCAAUCCAGCCUUCUCCUUUGUCUUCGCGCAGUUGAUUGCCGCAUUCUGGGCACCGCGCUCUGAGAUGAGAGCCGCCGGGCAGACAUGGGCCGUCCGUCUCACUAUCAUCGGCGCUGUAGACGGCUGUGCAACCUUUUCUGCAUUUUACCUGAUGCAGCACGUAGGCCAGGCAUGGGUCACGUCCCUGCGUGUCGAGGCACUGAAGAGAAUCCUGUCCCAGCCAAAGUCCUGGUUCGAGAAACCAAGCCACUCGCCCAAUCGAAUUGUCGAGGUGCUUGACCGAAACGCCGAGGAGAUGCGAAACCUUGUGGGACGUUUUGUCCCGAUCAUACUGAUUGUUGUGACAAUGAUGACGGGCGGCCUGAUUUGGGCUCUUGUCAUCUCGUGGAAGCUAACCUUGGUAACGCUUGCUUCCGCUCCAGCUGUGUAUGCUGCCACGCAAGCCAUUGCUUCCGUCUCCGGAAAAUGGGAGGCAAGAUGUAACGCGAUGGCGGAGACCACGGGUUCAGUGUCUGUUGAGACCUUUCUGAAUAUCCGAGUGGUCAGGGCACUAACACUGGAACCCCAUUUCAACUCCAAACACACGCAGUCAAGCGAGAGCACAUUUCGAGUCGGGAUGAAGAGGGGCUUGUGGACGGGGCUAUUUUACGGCUUCAACCAGGGGAUGCCUGACUGGCUUACCGCCCUCGUGUUCUGGUACGCGACUGUGCUGCUCACCUCGCCAGCAGCGACCAUCUCUGCCUCGAAUAUCAUGCAGGUCAUCAAUCUGCUUUUGUUCAGCAUAGGCACUGCCACAUCGAUGCUGGAUAGUAUUCCGCAAGUUGCCCAGGCCAAGGCGACGUCCAUCCAGGUUCUUUACUACGCCACCCUGAGCUACAGCAAUAGCCAUGAGGAACGAGGCGAGAAAAGGGUGCUAACACCUUUACCAGUCGAGAUGAGAGCCUUGCAGUUCGCAUAUCCCGCAGCCAGAGGCAGCCUAGAUGGCCCGAUCAAAGUCCUUCGACAUGUCAACCUCCGGAUUGACCGCGGGGAUUGUGUUGGCAUUGUGGGUGCUUCAGGGUGCGGCAAGAGCACAGUCGCAAAUCUUCUUUUGAGGCUGUACGAGCCGACAGUUGAUCGGCAGCUGAGAGAACAUGUACGGGACCAAGCCUUUCACCACCCUCACUCGAGGCAACAAGAGCACCAGCCUCCAGCUCUUUCCUAUGCACACGUGCCCGCAUCAGACGUGUCGACGUCUGUCCUCCGGACGCACACAGCCUACGUUCCUCAACAUCCCUUCCUCUUUCCAACCACAAUUCGUGAGAAUAUUGCCUAUGGCCUGCACGCAGACUCCCCCUUCCGCGAUUUAAACUCGGUUGUUGCGGCCGCGAAACUGGCGUGCAUACACGACUUCAUCGUCUCAUUACCCGAGGGUUACGCCACGCCUGUGGGCGAGGGCGGACUUGGGCUCUCGGGUGGCCAAGCACAGCGUGUGAGCAUCGCGAGAGCACUCGUCCGCAAGCCGAAGCUGCUGGUCAUGGACGAGCCGACCAGUGCUUUGGACGCAGGAGGUGCCGAGGGUGUGAGGAAGGCUAUCCAGAACUUAAUGGAGCAGAGCAGGCAGGCUGGAGAGGGAGAAGAGCUGACUAUCGUGACGAUAACGCAUGUAAAGGAGAUGAUGCGAAUCAUGGACCGAAUCGUGGUCAUGGAUGAAGGAUUUGUGGUUGAGGAGGGUGGAUUUGAGGAGUUGUUGGUCAAGGGGGGGAAGUUUGCGCGGUUACUGGGCGGUGGAGCCUGGAUACCCCUUGACAAUGAGGCUGCGAAUGCGAAGGGCGAAAAAGCAAGAAGACUACCUCCCGACCUCAUCACCGCCGUGCAGUCUCCUGGCAGUCGGGAUAACGGGAACGAGUUGAACCCGAAAGACGGGUGCAUCCACUCCCCUGGAAUGUGGAAUAAGUCGGCUGGUCAGGAGCAACUAACGAAGGCCGAUGGGUACGGACGCUUGAACUCCGUGACGCCUGUGUCAUCGUCUGCUCUGGACAGCUCGCCUGCCAGUGAGAGGACAGCCGCCGCUCGUGAGAAGGCUUUGCGGAGGCUGGCGGGCGUCAGGCACCCCGCAUCCGGUGCUGGAUUCGGCGGGCCCCACCGAAAUUAUUCGGCGUCGGCGCCGAAGAUCUACGACACACCACCGGGCUUUGAUGGCCAAAAGAUGGACCAAGUGCCCUCAACAAUGCGCGCCCUUGUGGCGCCCAAGUACUGCAGACCGGAGGAAUAUCGAAUCGUGCAGCUGCCGGUGCCGAAGAUCGAGGAACCCAACCAGGUUCUGAUUCGGAUGCACGCAACAGCCAUGCAGGCGGGCGACUGCCAGUUUGCCAGUGGCAGCGCCAAAAUGUUCUUAUCUAUUCGGUUUCCCAUGAUCCUUGGGCACGAGGGUGCGGGGGUUGUGGCCGCCGUGGGCGCAGGGGUCCGGUCGCUCAGGGUAGGUGACGCCGUCUACGGGGUUGCGAUCAAACGGCCGAUGGGGGGAUUCUGGACCAAGGAGAGGGGCGGUUGGUGUGCCGACUAUGCUGUAGCGACGGAGGACCUGCUGCUCCCCAAGCCGGCGCACCUGUCGUUUGAGGAGGCGGCGUCGCUGCUGGGCAGCACGCUGACGGCGAUGCAGAUAACGCGAGCGGCAAUGGGGCUCAACCCGGCUGCGUUCCCUGGCCAGAGCCUCGAGGGCAAGACGGCGUUGGUGACGGCAGGGCUGGGGGCGGCGACCAGCAUCGCGUGCCAGGUGCUCAAGAAUGUGUACGGCGCCAGUGAGGUGGUCACGACGGUGUCGACGGCCAAGGUAGGGCUGGUGGGGCAGCUGAUGCCCGGGGUGGUGGACAAGGUGGUGGACUACCAGACCCAGGACGUCGUCGGCGAGGUUGGCCGUGGCAGGGUUGACUUCCUGUACAACUCGCGGCCGGCGCUGGCGCCCUACGUGCCGCUGAUGAGGCCGAGGCAGGGCGUGAUUGCUGCCAUCCUGGCGAUCCCGCCAUCCCGGGAGCUGAGGGCGUCGAUGGGGCGCGAGUUUGUGCCGCUGUGGUUGUGCUGGAUACUGGACCUGGCGCAGGCGUGGUACUGGUGGCAGCUUCGGGGGACGGGGGUGAGGCUCGCGUUCAUAUCGGGCAACCCUGGCGUGCGCGAGGACGUUGAGAGGGCUGGCGAGGUCAUCGCUGCGCGGCAGGUCAGGGCCGUCACCACGGUGGUGGCCUUGGAUGACCUGGAGACGGUCAAGAAGAAGUGCGACGAGGUGCGCACGCUGAAGGGGGGCGUUGGGAAGCUGGUGAUCAAGCUGUUGUAG